AUGCGCGGGAACAAACGUUUAGAAGAGCUUUGUGCUCUCUCGUGGCGAGCUCGGAAGCAACAUACAUCAUCCUUCAAUGGACUCAAACCAAGAUUCAAUGCAAACAAUGAAGCAAAUUUUCACUCUUCGGAGAGAACUCAAACCGGAAUCCAGAGAUCGCAGAGCAAAAUUCUCCCGAAUUCCGGAGACGCGGAUAUAAGAGAGUGGAAUGUAGCUAUAAGCAGCUACAUGCGAAACGGAAUGUGCAACAAGGCGCUUCGUGUCUUCGAGCGCAUGCCCAGAUGGAGCUCGGUAUCUUACAACGCCAUGAUCUCAGGGUACUUGAGAAACGGAGAGUUCGAAUCCGCAAGGAAGCUGUUCGACGAAAUGCCUGAGAGAGAUUUAGUUUCAUGGAACGUGAUGAUCAAAGGGUACGUGAGGAACAGGAAUCUCGGGAAAGCGAGGGAACUGUUUGAGAGAAUGCCUGAGAGAGACGUUUGUUCGUGGAACUCGAUGUUAUCUGGAUACGCUCAGAGCGGGUGUGUUGAUGAGGCAAGGAAGGUUUUUGAUCGAAUGCCUGAGAAGAACGAAGUAUCUUGGAACGCGUUGCUCUCUGCGUAUGUUCAGAACAGUAGGAUGGAGGAAGCUUGUAGAUUGUUUGAGUCGAGAGAGAAUUGGGCGUUGGUUUCUUGGAAUUGCUUGCUUGGUGGGUUUGUCAAGAAGAAGAACGUUGUGAAAGCAAGAGAGUUUUUUGAUAGUAUGAAUGUGAUGAGGGAUGUGGUUUCAUGGAACACGAUGAUCACUGGCUAUGCACAGAACGGGGAAAUCGAUAAAGCGAGGAAGCUAUUCGACGAGUCUCCUGCUCGGGAUGUGUUUACAUGGACAGCGAUGGUUUCAGGAUAUGUGCAGAACCGAAUGGUGGAAGAAGCGAGAGGAUUGUUUGAUGUGAUGCCGGAGAGAAACGAAGUUUCGUGGAACGCAAUGCUUGCAGGGUAUGUGCAGGGUGAGAAGAUGGAGAUGGCGAAGGAAUUGUUUGAUGUUAUGCAUUGUAGGAAUGUUAGUACAUGGAACACGAUGAUAACCGGAUAUGCUCAGUGUGGGGAUGUUGCUGAAGCGAAGAGCCUUUUUGACAAAAUGCCAAAGAGAGAUCCGGUCUCUUGGGCUGCUAUGAUUGCAGGGUAUUCGCAAUGCGGGCGUGGCUAUGAAGCUCUGCGUUUGUUUGUGCAGAUGGAGAGAGAAGGAGAGAGAUUGAACCGGUCUUCGUUCUCAACUGCGUUAAGUACUUGUGCGGACGUUGCUGCUCUUGAGCUUGGGAAGCAAUUGCACGGACGUUUGGUUAAAGGAGGGUAUGAGAGUGGGUGCUUUGUUGGGAAUGCGCUUUUGUUGAUGUAUUGCAAAUGUGGAAGCAUUGAAGAAGCUAAUGACUUGUUUGAGGAGAUGAAUGGGAAGGAUGUUGUCUCUUGGAACACGAUGAUUGCUGGUUACUCAAGGCAUGGGUUUGGAGAAGAGGCUUUGAGGUUCUUUGAGUCGAUGAAGAGACACGGAUUGAAGCCAGAUGAUGCUACAAUGGUUGCGGUGCUUUCUGCGUGCAGUCACACAGGGCUUGUAGAGAAAGGGAGGGAAUAUUUCUACACGAUGACUCAAGACUAUGGAGUAACGCCUAACUCACAGCACUACGCUUGUAUGGUGGAUCUUCUCGGUCGAGCUGGGCUUCUAGAAGAAGCUCACAGUCUGAUGAAGAACAUGCCGUUUGAGCCAGACGGUGCAAUUUGGGGAACUUUACUCGGUGCAAGCAGAGUACAUGGAAACACAGAGCUAGCUGAAACAGCUGCAGAGAAGAUUUUUGCAAUGGAGCCUGAAAACUCCGGAAUGUAUGUGCUUCUCUCUAACCUAUACGCUGCUUCAGGUCGAUGGGGAGAUGUAGGUAAGCUGCGAGUGAGAAUGCGUGACAAAGGGGUGAAGAAAGUUACAGGGUACAGCUGGAUCGAGAUUCAGAACGAGACUCAUAGUUUCUCGGUUGGGGAUGAGUUUCAUGCGGAGAAAGACGAGAUCUACGCGUAUCUGGAGGAACUUGAUCUGAGGAUGAAGAGAGCAGGGUAUGUAUCGAAGACGAGUGUGGUGCUUCAUGACGUGGAAGAGGAAGAGAAGGAGCGUAUGGUUCGGUACCAUAGCGAAAGACUAGCUGUAGCGUACGGGCUAAUGCGUGUGUCUCCAGGGAAACCGAUCCGUGUGAUGAAGAAUCUUCGUGUGUGUGAGGAUUGUCACAAUGCCAUCAAGUGUAUGGCUAAGAUCACAGGGAGGUUGAUUAUCCUGAGGGAUAAUAACAGGUUUCACCAUUUUAAGGAUGGUUCAUGUUCUUGUGGUGACUAUUGGUGA